ACUCAGACCUCAUGCGGACCCUGAAGGAGACAGCUAACCGCUCCAUCAUCGUCAUCGAAGACAUUGACUGCAACAGAGAGGUGCAUGUUCGACCAACACCAAAAGCCUUUUCAGAUUCCGAUUCAGACGAUGACCACAAGCAUGUCAAUAUUAAGACAAGCAGGUUUACUCUGUCGGGUCUGCUUAACUACAUGGAUGGGUUAUGGUCGAGUGGAGGAGAGGAGCGGAUUUUGAUCUUUACCACCAACCACAGAGAAAGAAUCGACCCUGCGUUGCUGCGCCCUGGUCGUAUGGACAUGCACAUUCACUUGUCCUUCCUCGGAAGCAAGGCAUUUCGAAUUCUAGCUUCCAAUUACUUAGGCGUUGAAGGAGAUCAUCCACUUUUUGAACAAAUUGAUGAUCUGUUGGAGAAAAUAGAUGUCACCCCUGCAGUGGUAGCGGAGCAACUAAUGAGACACGAGGAUCCUGACGUUUGUUUGGAAGCACUUGUUCAAUUUCUCAAACAAAAGACCAAGGAAGCCAAAUUUUAGACUAGUCAUGUUUUAGAGUCUUCUCAACUGUAUCAUCACUCGGAUAAGAUGCAGAACAAAAACCAGUAUCUUUUUGUUCUGUAGUGUUUUAGAUGGGUAAUUGUGUGUCUAGAACAGUGGUAAAAUUCAAUGCCGAAAACGAUUUCGAGAUUCUAAAUCUAUGAUAACUUUUAGACUUAUGCAUAAAGUACGACACUAGUUUUGCUGGGAAGUUUAUAUUUUACAAAGAGUUAAGAGAACAUGCCGUAGAAUCUUGGUUUGGUAGGUUCAAAACAAAAUUAUGAGCCAACAAGACUAAUUAAAAAUAGGGAAUUAUGAUUAUUCUCA